AUGAAAUUUGCUAUGAACUUCAUAUCUUCACAAACUUGCGUUACUUUCGAAGAAAACUGUACUAUUUCAACGAGAAUAAAAUUUGUUGACAGUACUUUCUGUGCUUCAUAUGUUGGAAUGAUUAACAGUGUACAAGAAAUUUAUUUUCCUGACUGGUGCAUGCGGUUUGGAUCCGCCGUUCACGAACUAAUGCAUGCAUUGGGUGUUCUGCACACUCAUGCUCGUUUUGAUCGAGAUAACUUUCUUAAUGUAAAUCUGAACAAAGAUGAUGAAGACGACAGCAAUUUUGAGAUUGUUUCUCCUCCCUUUUCUAUAAACGUUGUACCAUAUGAGUAUGGAAGCACUUUGCACUAUACAGCCGAUGUAUCGGGAACAAAUUCACUUCUUCCGAAACAAAUGGAAUAUUAUAGAACACUAGGAAAUCGAAGAGUUACAUUUUAUGAUAUGUUAACUAUAAACACUGCAUACAACUGCAAAUGUCCAAGUGAAUUAUUGUGUGCAAAUGGAGGAUAUACAAAUCCGUCCAAUUGUUUGGAAUGUAUUUGUCCAUUGGGAUAUGGAGGAGUGUUAUGUGAUCGAGUAGUUGCUUGUAGUGUCCAGUUAAGUGCAGAUUCGUAUUGGAAAGGAUCCUGGAUUUCUGUUGGAAGUAGUGUUUUGAGAGAUACUACAGACCCCGUUAAAGCGUUUAUCUCAAUAAAUGCUCCGAAAGAUAAAAUUAUUGAAGUUAAAAUUGUGAAAAUAGAAAAUUUCUCGUGUGACUCUGGUUGCAAUAAUAAUGGAGUGGAGAUUAAAUACAUGGGGGAUCCAAGAAUCACUAAUCCAAUUAUUUGCUGUGAGAAUCAAGUGGACCCAUCCAACAAGGGAUACAAAGCCAAGCUGAAUCCACUUUUGAUUAAUAUUUAUACAUUUCUCGGGAAAAACAAAGUGACCUUCCAUUACAGAUAUGUGAAUGAACGCUUGAGUAGCUACAAUAAAACCACAAAUGGAUAUGAUAACUAUGAAUAUUAUGCCUAA